CCUUUGACUGUGAAUCUCAAUCGGCAAACGACGUCUGUGGAGAAAGUGACGGUACGAAUUCUUUCUACAUGAAUAAACAGUGUUGUCGAUACUACUAGCAAGGAUCUUCUAAGCCGACAAAGCCGGAAUCAGAACUUCUCUGGUGAGACAAUUGUAGAUGAGACGAAAAAAAUGUCUGGAGACUGCGUACCACCACCCUCCACCAUUUCUUUUCCGUCCGUGCCAUCAUCAUCGUCCCGUUCCGAUUUGGCCCCUCCUUCUUCCGCCCAUACUCCACAAGACGCCAAUGCCAUCGGCAGCAACACACCAUCGCUCCUGUUUUCCCCGCCUCGUCAAGCAUCUUCACAAUCGUUUUCCUUCGUGACUCGCCCACGAUUUUUAUACGCGACCGUUUUCGUCUGGAUCAGCGUGACCGGUGGACGUUUUCUGGCUCCAUUUUUGCGACACCAGGCCGGACUAGAUGAUGGACAGAUUGGAACCGUCCUAGCUCUGCAAACACUACUGACAACUUUGACGGGAGGAUACGGGGGAGCUUGGGCCGAUCGGCGCGAAAUGAUGUAUCCUCAUCGUGGUCGAGCGCAGGUUCUUGGUGUCGGUGUGACAAUGGGAACUAUCUCGUUUGUGUUGCACAGCGGCAUCAACUGGAACAUUUCUACCAGUCGCAGUGGCUCCAGAAUUAACGACGAUGGUGACGAGGGCAACGACCACAAGUACGAAAGGUAUUUGCAUUAUGCGCUGCAAUGCGGAUUUGCCCUUGCCACUUCCUUAGUUUUUCCCGUAUUGGACGGCAUGUGUUUGGCAUAUUUACAAGCUGCUGCCUUACCAAAGCAAGCCUACGGAAGGGAGCGCUUGUACGGCGCCAUUACUUGGGCGGUGACAAAUCUCUGUCUAGCACCCUUGCUAGAUUGUAUAGGAUUUGUGAUCCUGUACUGGCUGAGCUGCCUUUCCUGUUUGGCCGUGUUGGUGAGCAUAGUCGUCUAUGUACAGGCACAACAGCAGGUUUCACGACAACUUCUUAAGCAAAAGAGCCAAAAUAUAGCAGUUGAGGAGGUGACCCACGACGAAGAUGACGAAUUUUGGGGAGGUCGCGAUCGUAUCCGCGACAGCCCAACCGAUAUCGGAAAUACAUUCGCGGAUGCGGACAACUCCCAUUGCAGCCAAAGUUCGUCGGGUCUGCAUACAGCUAGCACGGCUGACCGACGACUAACAACGAUACAAUUGUGUCGAUCCUUGUACGGCACUACCUUUGGAUUCGCCUUUUUGGUUGCCGUCCUGUCUCUCGCAUCGGGACAAGCGAUCGUAGACAGUUUGAGCUUUCUAUACUUUGAAACUUUGGGAAGCUCGUACAUGACAAUGGGAUUCAUGAUCUUACUUACGGUAGCGUUUGAAAUCCCCAUUUUCCACGUUGCCCCCAAAUUAUUGGAGUACGCUGGUGCUGGUGGACUACUCUUGUUGGGUGGUGCCUGUUACGUGACCCGCACAAUUGGAUAUUCCUUCAUUCCACAAGGCAAAGUUGGAUGGGUUUUGUGGUUGGAACCACUGCACGGAAUCACGUACGCGUGUAGUCAAACCGCCACGGUCGACUUCGUAGCCCAGCUCUUACCAGACGCCGGUUACGAAGCGACCGGACAAGGUUUGGUAUCAGUGACACGGGGUGUUGGAUCAAUGUUGGGAUUGUGGCUAGGUGGUACGGCUCAAAACAUAUUUGGUGCCCGCAUCGUAUAUCGAAUUGCGUCAGCCGUCGUCUUAACAGGAUCCAGUAUUUUUGCGUUGACAUUACUCGGGAUGACCCAUUCCGUAACCCACGUAUCUCGGAGCCAUUACAUGUUGUCGCAACUCGAUGGUGAUGACGACUUGGAUGUAGGCAAGAGCGAUUUGGAAUUGACAGCGGUACAAUCGAACGACGAUUCGUCCAGUCAAAGCGAGGAAAAAAAUUCGGUAGGAUACAGCAAGUAG